GGACGGCAGAAAGUAGAAACGGAGACGAGAGGCUAGGAAACGCAUUUUGUUUACGAGGCGACAAUCCUAAAAACCACAGUACAUUGUUGCCGCCCAUUGUUCACCAUGGCCCAAAACCAGGUCAUCCUGCAGUUCCACUUCGCUACGUUUGGAGACUCCAUGCUGCAAAAGAUGAACCUCCUUCGGCACCAGCGGCGCUUCUGUGAUGUCACCGUACGCAUCAACCAGCUUAAAGUCCCCGGUCAUAAAGUGGUGUUUGCUGCGGGUUCGUCUUUCCUCAGAGAUCAGUUUAUCCUCCAGCAGGACUCCAAUGAAGUGCAGAUUUCCAUGAUUCAGGAAGCAAAGGUUGGCCAGCAGCUGCUGCUGUCCUGCUACACGGGCCAACUGGAAUUUCCUGAACUAGAGCUGGUCAAUUACCUGACAGUAGCCAGCUUCCUCCAAAUGGGUCACAUUGUUGAACAGUGCACUCAAGCGCUAAACAAAUUCAUCAAGCCGCAGGCUCCUAACAAAAUGGACAUAGACAGCGAGUUGCGGAGGGCUAGCAGGGAGGAUGCUUUGAGAGAACAGGAGACCAUCCAGACGGCUGAGUCCGUAGAGGAAGAUAUCAGUAGUGACGAUGACGACGACGAUGACGAUGUCAUUAUCCAGCCGAAAUCCCCACCGCAGAUCUUGGACGCGCAGCCUAGGCACGACAUGGGAGAUAGUGACAUUAGCAUUGUGAAGGUGGAGAGCGUGGAGGCUAACUUUCCCACCAGCUCUCCAGCUGCCCUGCGCUCACCUGAGCCCCAACAUUCUCUCAUCAAUUCUACCGUGGACAGUCGUGGAAGCGAAAUUACCGCACCCCCUAGUGUGCCAGACAACUCCUUAAGUCCCGCUUCUCCGUCCAACCCCGUAGAGAAACCAAGCGGGCACCAGCGGAACUACGACAAACCUCUCCAGUGGUACCACCAGUGUCCCAAGUGCAGCCGAGUCUUCCGGCAGCUGGAAAAAUACGCCAACCACCUCAAGAUGCACAAGCUCUUCAUGUGCCUCCUGUGCGGCAAGACUUUCACUCAGAAGGGCAACCUGCACAGACACAUGCGCGUCCACGCGGGCAUCAAACCCUUCCAGUGUAAGAUCUGCGGAAAGACCUUCACGCAGAAGUGCUCUCUAUUGGAUCACCUGAACCUUCACAGUGGAGACAAACCUCACCGCUGUAACUACUGUGACAUGAUGUUCGCUCACAAGCCCGUGCUCCGCAAGCACCUCAAACAGAUUCACGGGAAGAACAGCUUCGACAACGCCAAUGAAGGCAGUCUGCAUGAUGGCGGGCCUGAAGAGAACGACACUAACGGGCCCUUUUUUGUUCACUCCAACAAUUAUGAGACGGACUUGAAGGAUACAUAUUAUGGAAAAUUGACUUUUUAAGGUUCGUAUACAAAACGUGCGAUCUGUUCUCCCAUAGAGUGUGAAAUUCAAACACAGUAGGGAUGUCCUCGAUCACUGGAUGGGAAAUCGUGCCCAAUCUUGUCAUUUUCAGAGGAACGGAAUCGGGUGUAAAAUAUCAGGUUUUUUACAUGUUUGUAUUUAUUUUUAAGUAUUAACUCAUGAUAUCUUUAAUUGUCAAUGGCAGUGAAUGAUUUAAGGACUACAGACAAUAUAUACACUACCGCUCAAAACAACCCCAAACAUUUGAACCGUAGUGUAUGCUGACCUCCAGUUAAAUCCAGGUAUUUAAACAGUUAUCCCUUAUGUCUGAAAGCAAUUUCCCGGGUCGACUGACACAAGAUGACAAGGAAAUUAACCGAGUCGUGUCCAAGUGUAAUGUCCGGACGCGGCAUACAGUGCUGGCCAAAAGUAUUGGCACCCCUGCAAUUCUGUCAGAUAAUGCUCAAUUUCUCCCAGAAAAUGAUUGCAAUUACAAAUGCUUUGGUAGUAAUUUCUUAAUUUAUUUUGCUUGCAAUGAAAAAACACAUAAGAGAAUGAGAAAAAUAAUUAUCAUUUUACACAACUCUCGUCAAUUUUUCUUUUCUGUGCCAAUCUAGGGAGGUUAGCCACAGUACCAUGGGCUUUAAACUUAUUGAUGACACUGCGCACGGUAGAUACCGGAACAUUCAGGUCUUUUGAAAAUGGACUUGUAGCCUUGAGAUUGCCCAUGCUUCCUCACAAUUUUGUUUCUCAAGUCCUCAGACAGUUCUAUGGUCUUCUUUCUUUUCUCCAUGCGCAGUGUGGUACAAACAAGGACACAGGACAGAGGUUAAGUCAACUUUAAUCCAUUUUAACUGGCUGCAUGCGUGAUUUAGUUAUUGCCACCACCUGUUCCACAGGUAAGUAACAGGGACUGUUAAUUACACAAAUUAUAGAAACAUACAUGAUUUUUCAAAGGGUGCCAAUACUUGCACUACCGUUCAAAAGUUUGGGGUCACUUUGACCCCAAACUUUUGAACUGUAGAGUAUCAUAUGGGAUUUUUCAUUAUGUACAAUCCGGUUCAAAAGUUUUUUUUAAUCUAAAUAUUAUACAUUAAUUAAUGAUUCUAAGCUAAAAAUGAUAGACACUUAAUGUAAUAAAUAUAAUUACUUUUUUUAUGGCUGGGUUAAAACAAAAGAGUUUGCUCGGUGUCUGUAAACGGGGGUCUCCAGGGUAAAACGGACAAAUUAAAAAUAGUUUGGGGGCUUACUACGCCAUGCAAAUGCUAUCGCAGCUUAUAGACAUAUUGUUCUAUCAAACACAACCGUUCUUUUGCCUUAAAAUACAGCAGUUUAUUUUGAAGAGGGGUGCAAGAGCAGAAACCGCUUUUUCAGCCUUGUCUGUCUUUUCCGCCAUAUCUAUGUCAGGAUUAGGUAUCAAUUUAUAUAUAUGUAUAUACAUCUUGUAUACAGAUAAAUAUUAUUUAUUAAUUUUUAUACAUAUGUAUUUAAACAUCAUUUGCAACAUCAUAUUUGAUCUUUUUAAUUUUCCACUUCUUGAAACCACUGCUGUACUAAUCCAUUUAUAAAGUUGGAAUAGCUUUGUGCAAAUGGAAAAAAAGACAUUUGGAUGUGCUUUUUUCCCCCCUCCUUCUCAAUACAUUUCCAAGGGAUUAGAUCGGUGUUGGUUUUCGUCAGAUCUUCAAAAUCAGGUGACUCGUUAGACUCGCUUGCAAAAAUAUGAUGUUUUUGCACGCGAGUCUAAUGAGUCCCACAUCCCUAAAAAUACAAUACAAUAAAAUACAAAAUCAAUUUGCAGUGGAUGUAGCACUGGCCGAGGAAGAACAUUCAUCACUGGGAAAUGUAACCUUUCACUGUUUUGACUUAUAUGUCAUAAAUCAGCACUGCUCUUGUACACCCACCACCAUUUUAAAUAGCUAUACCGAUAGAAAUGAAAAAUUCAUAGUUUUAAACUGCCGAGUAUAAUCUCAUAUAUUACAUUGCACUCAUAGAAAAGGAGACUUCUAUGUCUAUUGUCCAUUGCACCAUAGUUUUACAUUUAAAUGCCUGUAUAUUAGGGAUUUAAUCUUGGACUGUCCUGUUGUAAAUACACUAUCUGGUGUAUGUAUUCAAACAAACCUAAUCUGAUUUGAAAAGCAAGCACAGGUAGAUCUUAAAUUCUAGUCAAUGCUUUAGCCCUCAGAAUAGCUUGUCUAACACAUGUUUUAGGAGGCCCAUGUUUUCCUCAAUGGUGGUAGUAACAGGCUUCUGCUUUGUGGCUUCCCAUGAAGAUAGUUUUGAGAAACCUGCUAGGGAUAGCAUGAAAUGUACUUCUCAAAGUGGCACUAUAUAGUAAAAAAAAACAAAGUCUUGUCGCAGCUCUUGCUUCAUCACAAAGUAAACUGGUUGAUGUUUCAAUAUUACUCAUUUCAUCAUAUUGUUGAUGCCAUCGUUUUGCACUUACUCAGUGCCGCAAAGUAAAUUGUAAUAGUGAUCGUAUAUAACACAAAAUCUUUAAUGUAUCAUUAUGUAUAUUAUAUAUACACUGUAUUUAAACACCAUAUAUGUAUGUGUUGCUUUUGAUAUGUACAAGUAUGUGAAAACAAAUAUCGGGUGCUGCUCUUAAAUUUGAGAAUGAAUGGCAUGCCAAACCUACUCCGUUGCGUUCCUUCUACAGUAUAAAGAGCCUUUCAUCCACGAAUUUUUUUUUUUUUACCCUUGCAGGGCACUCAUUUAACUUAUUGGCUGCCAUUGGCGGCACUAGACGUCCAAUCCAUUUUGACUGGAUGGACGUCUUGUGCCAUCAAUGCACUGAAACAUGAGCAUUCACAGCCAGUCUUACAAUAAACAAAA